AUGUCUGCGGCACACGGUUCUGUGUCUCUCAUUGGUGACACUUCCCAUUUCGGAAGUCCCAAGACGCACCCUCACGUCUCUGUAACCGUGAUAUUAUGCGAGAUGUCGAACGGAAUCCUCCAAGCGUCCAACCCCAGAACCUCAUUUACUAUGGACAGGCGAAGUGGCAAAGGCCGCAGCUCAACGACCCCCUUCAACGUCGUCCUAUUCGGAGAGUCUGGAGCUGGAAAAAGUUCCAUAUUAAACAUGCUCUUGGGCACCAACGUAGCUGCUGUCUCCGGCGGGGCGACGGGAUGCACGUUCGAAAGUACAGGGUACGACAUCUCCAUUGACGGGACAUCAUUCCGUGUCCACGACACGGUAGGCCUAGAAGAUGGCGAGCAUGGGCGAAUUCCAACUUCCAAAGCCAUCGUCCAGCUCUACUCCCUGCUGCGGCGCCUGGAGGGAGGCAUCAGCCUGCUUAUAUUCUGCAUGAGAGCGCCACGAGUGAAGGAGAGCGCCAAACACAAUUGGAUCCUCUUCUAUGACAUCAUAUGUCAAUGCCGAGUUCCAAUUUCGAUCGUGGUGACGGGCCUCGAGCAGGAGCGGGACAUGGAUGGGUGGUGGAAAGGAAACGAAAAGACAUUUCGACAGUAUGGCAUGCAUUCUCAUGGACACGCUUGCAUCACCGCAAUUCGAGGGAAGAAGAAGGCGAACGGCCAGUACUCCUUGCAACAGGAAUACGACGAAUCCAUGCUCAAAGUCAAGAAUAUGAUCAAGACAUGCUACCAGGAGCAACCGAGGCCUGUAGAAAGAGUUCACUGGUUCCAAAGGGUGGUCUACGAGACGACAUACGAGCAUCAUUGCUGGGGGACGGAGGUGAUAAAAACGAAGGUUGGCGACAUGAAGGGAGCUGUGGACGAGCUCGUUGAUCGCUGUGGUAUGCCAAAGAAGGAUGCAGAGGCGUUGGCCAAGGAGCUCAAUAAGAUUAAGUAA